CCAUCAUCUUAAUAAUAAUACUUGCUGAAUGGUCAAGGUGGUCGUUGGUUGGUUAUAAACAUAACCAUGGAGGGACCAUGUGGACUGGAAAUACAAAGGGGACCAGUAAUUUUGUUGAGAGCUUCAAUUCCUUUCAGCGACGUUAAUGCCACCAUCUAUGGGACCGCUUCCCGCCACUUCCAUCAUCCCAAGAAACCAUUCUUCUACUGUUUGUUUGAACCAUUCCCUUCGAUUUAGCCAUUGGUUUGGUCAUCAAUCUUUCUUUGGGAAAGGAAGGCCUGCAGUGCAGUCUGCUGCAAGCCAAUGGGUUCUUAAACCUAGGACAGAACGAGCAAAUGGUCGGUGUCUCAAUAAAUGCAGUGAUUUGUCGCCAUCAGGAAACGGUAAAUUCUUUAAUACUUCCGACUUAGCAGAGGCUUCAAAAUCAAAUCAGUGGAUUUGUCAGAUGCCGACGCUAGGGGGAAUUGAUGUCACUGUCACCAAGCCCAAACAGGAAGGACUCCUAACUGAGAGAUCGAUUGUGUUGUUCUUCUCCUGAUGAAGUUUGUAAUACACAAUCGAUUAGUGAACAAAUAGUGCUAGGGUUUGUUGGUCAGGUAAUGUUUGUAUGAAGUGACUGUUGGGCAUGUUCGACUUUAAUUAAAACAUUCUUUUGUC